AUGAAGAUUUGGAGCACGGAGCAUGUUUUCAGUUACCCGUGGGAGACGGUGAUCAAGGCUGCCAUGAGAAAGUACCCCAACCCCAUGAACCCUAACGUGGUCGGCGUGGACGUGCUGGACCGCAGCCUGGACGCCCAGGGACGCCUGCACAGCCACAGACUCCUUAGCACAGAGUGGGGCCUGCCGAGCAUCGUACGAGCGAUACUGGGAACCAACCACACACAAACCUACGUGAAGGAGCACUCCAUCGUCGACCCACAGGAGAAAAAGAUGGAGCUGUGCUCAACAAAUAUUACUCUGACCAACCUCAUAUCAGUGGACGAGAGGCUUGUUUACACGCCCCACCCAGACAACCCUGAGGUUACCGUCCUGACCCAGGAGGCCAUCAUCACAGUCAAGGGAGUCAGUCUAAGCAGUUACCUGGAGGGGAUGAUGGCCAUGAGAAUGUCGGCCAAUGCCAGGAAGGGCUGGGAUGCUAUUGAGUGGAUUAUUCAGAACUCUGAAACAGAGAACAUUCCUCUCUGA